AAAAAGAAGAAAAGAGAGAAAAGAAUUCCCGCCGCGUGCGGAAGUCAAAGAUCGUACAUAUGCACUCUUUCUUCACACCACCCCGUUUUUUCCCCCCUCUGAUAUUUGGGUUGUUAUUAAAUAGCACAGAGAAAUUAUCAGUUAACAAAACUAAAGUCUCUUAUAGUCAAUUGAUUUUCUUCAUCAGCGGAAAAACAUGAAGAGCAGAGGCAAAUUACUGGGACAAAGAUGGUGGAGCUUAGGGUUACCUUCGGUUUUUCUCCUUUGUCUUUUCUUCUUCCUCGUCGGUUUAUUCGGUUCUACUCUCAUCUCUCAGCAGGAUGUACAAGUAGGUAGUGUACGACCGAGGUCGAGGGUGCUUGAAUCUGUGGAAGAAUUUGAUGCUUUGCCCAAUGGCGAGACUGGAGAACAUUCACUCACUUCCAUCCCCUUUCAGGUCUUAAGCUGGUUCCCACGUGCAUUAUACUUUCCCAAUUUUGCAACUGAAGAACAAUGCCAAGGCAUUAUUAAGAUGGCAAAGGCGGAGCUGAAACCAUCAGCUUUGGCUCUCCGCAAAGGAGAAACAGCAGAGAAUACGAAAGGAAUUAGAACAAGUUCUGGCAUGUUUAUCAGUUCAUCUGAAGACAAAACUGGAAUUUUGGACCUCAUUGAGGAAAAAAUUGCAAGGGCGACUAUGAUCCCCAGGACACAUGGAGAGGCAUUUAAUGUGUUGCGGUAUGAAAUCGGCCAGAGUUAUCAUUCACAUUAUGAUGCAUUUGAUCCUUCUCAAUAUGGUCCUCAGAAGAGCCAAAGGGUUGCAUCCUUUUUAUUGUAUUUAUCUGAUGUGGAAGAAGGUGGAGAAACCAUGUUUCCUUUCGAGAAUGGGCAGAACAUGGAUGCUAAUUAUGACUUCCGCAAGUGUAUUGGUUUGAAAGUGAAGCCGCGUAGAGGGGAUGGACUACUGUUCUACUCACUCUUUCCAAAUGGUACAAUUGAUCCGACAUCUCUUCACGGGAGCUGUCCAGUAAUCAGAGGCGAAAAAUGGGUUGCCACAAAGUGGAUCAGGGAUCAGGAACUUGAUGAAUAAACAAGGAAGUGUAGUCUCAAAAUUCUUUGGUAAUUUAAUAUUUAGCGAGUUUGAAACGAGUUAUGCAGUAAAUAUAUUUAUAGAGGUGUUAAUAUAGCUCAGUAUCAGUUUGUCCCUUCAUAUUGUACUUGAACUUUUGCGGCUCUAACCCACCCCCCCCCACACACACACCAACCAACCAACAAACCUCACCCCAUCUUGCAGUAAGAAAGUCUAAUUGUAGAGUCACAUUUUACAGUAACCACCGAUUCUGAUAAUCACCUUUGCUCCUACCCUGUUGCAAGUUACUGAAAAUGAUUAGUGAGGCUUUUUGGGAGAACAAGGACUUUAAUUGGUGUGAUGCCUGUAAUUAGAGGUUGACUGGGCAUUCCCUAAUCAUAGGAAGGUGUAAUGUCGGUAAUUAGUUAAUUCAAAUUCAAGCGUCUUGUUAAAUGUUCCCUUACAAAAAUACCUUAUUAUUAGAUUGUUUUAUAA